AAUCGAAGCGUAGCUUAAAGCUGUUGCGUGUUCUCCACAUUGUAGUGUCAUUCGUGAUAUCGAGAUGGCGUCACUAGUAAUUUUUAUUCUUAUAUUUCAAAGCGUAGCAGGAAAGGAACAGCCCAGAAGUGAUAGUAUUUUACAUCAUUUGAAUUCAGGAAUAAAAUUCGCUAAGGAUUUUUUGGGAUCAGAAUCAGUAGCGUUGAAGGUGGCAGAUUUUGUCGUUCGCGCAUUCCAACCUACUUCUUCGAUAAGGAACAAACGACCAAUACCCGAUAGUUCUAAUGAAUACAGUAAUGAAAAUUAUUCUGAAGAAAAUAUUAAUUACAACAUGCAUGAAGUUCCUAACACCAUGUCACCAAUACGCCACUUGGUGCGUUUAUUGGGUCUUCAGCCAAAGCAAAUCAGCGCUGUCGCCGUCAAUGCUCUUAUAUUUGUCGCUCAAAUGAUCACAACAUUCUUAGCAGGACCAAGACGUCAGAACAAGUCACAUCGAUCAGAAGAUUUUACUGAGUGGAUUCUAAAUAAAAAUUCACGAAAACUCCAAGACCUUUUAGCAACAGCUAAAAAUGACUCUUUACCAAACAUGAUCGAGGAUCUUAUUCUAGAACACGAAUCUAAGGAAGAAACUAGUUGCAUUCGACUUUUCAUUUGUAAAAUAACGCCAUUUGUAAAUAAAAUGCAAGAAGCAGUUUUUGGUGAGAAAACUGAUAAUCGUGAUUUUACGCAGGGUACAUCUUUCAUGUACAGACAUUUGCCAACGAACGACGAAUUUAAUUCUAAAAGCGAGAUUUGUGAACAAAAGUAUAAAGAUUGUAAAUUGUAUGAAUAAAAUGUUAUGAUUAUCUUUGAUUAGUGAUUACCUUCUGACUUAUUUUUAAGACAUGAAUAGUCCAAACCUGUGAAAGUUAAAUUAAUUAUUGCCUUUACUUUCAAAAUGUAUUAAAUCACAUAUACUUUUAUGAA